UACCCCCUCCCCCUUCCGUCUGAGAGGGGCGGUGAUGUCAGAGGGGGGUUGUCUGACAGCCCCUAUAAGACAGGGUGCCGGAGGGGGGAUUUCUCAAUGAAGCCAAACCACAGUCAGCUCCUCAGGAGAGAGCAGAGAAAGAGAGAGAGAGAGAACACCACACUGCCGUACUCCUCCACGGACCAACGCACCAGCUGCAGACAGACAGACAGACGCACGGCGGGACGGACGGACUCCUCUUUUGGAUUGACAGAAAAACGAGAUUCGGGACUUCAGCCGCCAGCUAGUCCUUCAGCCAUCACCAUCCGCCAGCUAGCUCUCUUACCCACGGCAGGGUCGCUGUUGGUGGUGUUUGGAGUCUUUUUCUCUCUCUCUGAGGGGGACACAGCAUAGGGGUCAUGUUUUCUGCUUGUUUUCUGGUUGUCCUCUGCUGCGCUGCUCUGACGGUGGAGGCUGGUUGCCCACUCGUGUGCUCCUGCCCAGCCUCCCCUCCCUCCUGCCCGCUGGGGGUCAGCGCGGUGACAGACGGCUGUGGCUGCUGCAAGGUGUGCGCCAGCCAGUAUAACCAGGACUGCAGCCUGACGCUGCCUUGUGACCACAUCAAGGGCCUGCGCUGCCACCUAGGGGCCGGAGGAGACCCUGCACGCGGGCUGUGUCGAGCUGAAGACCAGGGCCGUCCCUGCGAGCUGAACGGGCGCGUGUACCAGCACGGGGAGGACUUCCAGCCCAGCUGCCAGCACCAGUGCAGCUGCAUGGACGGGGUGGUGGGCUGCAUGCCCGUCUGCCCCUACCGGGUGCCCCUGCCCAACUGGCGCUGCGCCAGCCCCCGCCUGGCCCGCCCCCCCGGGGGCUGCUGCGAGCAGUGGCUCUGCGACGACCCCAACCACAUCAGCGAGGACACGCCCCCUCCCCGCCCCAACCGACACCCCGACCCCACCGGGAACGAGCUGCUCCUGGCCUUCGCCCCCCACAGGGCCAGCACCGCCAUCCCGCGAGAUUGGAUGUCUCUCUCUGAGUCACAUGGUCUGGUCACAUCCAAGUGCUUCCCGCAGACCACCGACUGGACCCCGUGCUCUGCCACCUGCGGGAUGGGCGUGUCCAGCCGGGUCACCAAUAGCAACGCAGACUGCCGGCUGGUCAGGGAGACGCGGCUGUGCCAGAUCCGGCAGUGUGACCUCGCCCUGGCCCCGCCCCUCCGGAAAGGGAAGAAGUGUCAGCGGACGGUGCGGCCGGAGAGGCGGGUGCGGAUCCACUUCGCGGGCUGCUCCACGGCCAGGCGGUACCGGCCGCGCUCGUGCGGGUCCUGCGCGGACGGGCGGUGCUGCUGGCCGUCGCAGUCACGCACCGUGCGCCUCCGCUUCCACUGCCCCGCCGGCGACAGCUUCACCCGCGGCGUCAUGUGGAUCCAGCGCUGCAGCUGCAGCCGUCGCCACGGCGACCGCUGCCACGGAGAUGCCCGCCGGCCGCCGUCUGCCAGCCCGCACAGCGACAUCCACACCUUCCAGCGCUGAGCUCGCCACUCCUCCCCAUGGCCACACCUCCUGGGGCGGGAGGGACUGUGGCUGCGGGGUUGCGGUUGGUUGUUUGACUGACUCUGGUAGGGGUGGGGUCCAUUAUCCCCAAAUCCCCCCCUCCACCCACACCAUAGCAAUCCCUAGGCUGACCCCCUGAACCACACAGUGCAGUGUCCCCUCCGAACCAGCAGGAGGCCCUCAUCAGUUUACCUGCUGUGUCCCGCUGUACUUCAGCGGGCCUCCAUUCCAGCUGGAAUGCAAAACUUUGGGCUCAUUCCAGUCACUUAUUAUAUUCGUCCUUGUCUCCGUCAACCGACCCGGAAAUCGUUUGAGGUCCGCCAUCUUUGAGGACAUUCCAAUCCAUUAACUGCUCCCUGGAGAAGCAAGGAGCUAGGAGGCCUCCGGAGGAUACUUCAGUGAGGACACACGAGUGCAUCCUCACUGCAGAAAUGUUUUUGGGGGAAGUAUUUCCAGGAUGCCUGAUACACAAACGGCCGACCUGCGGAUCCACCUGUCCACAUCUCUAAGUGACGUGGCUUCAAACUGACGCUUGAAAGAGCAAGGACCUUCCAUUUGCCGUAUACAUCUUUCCUCGAUUCCUCCGUCCCCAUGUCCUUUCCUUGCAUCCUCCGUUGGGUGGAGCUAAGGAGUGAGAAAAGGAUGCAAGGAGUGAAAAUAAGCGAUUGGAAUGAGCCCUUUUGCUUGCACUUUAGUUCCCUGCUGUACAUCAGUUUCCUAAUUGGCCCUGGUAACUUGGACAUGUGAAUGGGGGAGAGAAGGUGUGUAAGCAUAGCGGGGUUCUUCUCCACCUGUUCAGUGAUUCAACUGUAUAUGAAAAUGUAUCUGAAUAUAUGUAUUUACCUGGCUUGAACAUCGUACGUUGAACAGUAUGGAAGUGCGUGUGUGUGUGUGUGUUUGUGUGUGUGUGUGUUUGUAUGCCUGUGUAUAUACACAUGUACAUAUGUGUUUUUUGUACUUCACUUUUUGUGGAGAGAAAGUUUUUGAGGGUUUACUUCAUUUUUUGAGGUGUGUAUUAGGUACUGAACAGAUAACUGGAACGUUUUCAUUUUGUAAAAAUUGUA